AUGCCAGGUCGCCAGGCCGCCUGGUUGCCUUAUCAGCCUUGUCUCUCGUCCUCAAUUCGUUCUGCGCCGUUAGAGUCCGCUACCACGAGACCAAGUCUCAAGCAAGUCCCUGGUAACCCAUAUUUUGUGAACCCCGGAUAUAAUGCAUCGUCCCAGUCAACCGUCCCCAAGCAUGAGCCCAAUCUAGAAACCGUUCAUCUGAUCGCGGCAGAGCCCUUUCUAAAUGAGUUGAAGCUCGCCACAUCGCUUUCUAAACCAGUUGGGUUUAGCAUUGGGCUUACUCCUGAUAAAAAGUACUGGGAGGUGGCAGCUUAUCCUGGACUCUUGACGUCUCAAGAUGUUUAA